AUGGCGGACACUGCCUCGAAGCAUCGAGCUGAGUUUGCCUUUGCUCAGCUUGAGAACGAGAGAUCUCUGACAUCUCUUCGUGACGAGCUAAGGGUAGCUCGUGGGAUUGCUGAUCGGUCUCGGGAUGAGAUAGCUGCUCUUCAGACCCUUGUCGAUACCCACCAUCGGGAGCACAAGGCUCUCUGCGAGAUGCUUGAGCGCAAGGGCGUUCUUCAUCGGAAGAAGCGGCGUACUGAUGGUACGGCUUGA